AUUAGUGGGAUGAUAAUGUGAUUAUUAAUGAGCAUGAAUGGGCAAACAUGUCAAAUAUCUCCAUUACUCAAUAUGCCUACAUAAACCCUCCAAUCUCACAAGAAAGUAAAACAGAGUUAUAAAACUUUUAAAAAACUUCAAAAUGGGAAGGCAGCUUUGCACGACGACGUUUCUCCACUUGGUCGCCGCCUUACUCUUCAUUUCCCGGACAAUCUCAGCCGUCCGUUUCCUUCAUGAACAACCAACAAUCGACGACCUAGAUUUCAUCCGUACGAGCUGCAACGCAACGCUUUAUCCCGACGUUUGUUAUACGUCUCUAGCUGGCUACGCCUCCACCGUACAAGAUAAUCCGGCGAGACUAGCUAAGCUCGCCAUCGGAGUUUCCCUUUCCCGCGCAAAAUACGCGGCGAGUUACCUCUCCAAACUCGCACGUCGCUCUGCUCCUGCUGCAUCCUCUGCCGCCGUCCACGACUGCGUAUCGAACGUGGGAGACGCCAUGGACCAGAUGCGCGGGUCCCUGAGGCAGCUCCGGGAGAUGAACCACCGUCGUCCCGGAGCGCCGACGUUUAGGUUUCAGAUGAGUAACGUGCAGACGUGGAUGAGCGCGGCGUUGACGGACGAGGAGACGUGUACUGAUGGGAUCACGGAGGAGAUGGAAGACGAAGAGACAAAGACGGCGAUAUGCGAGAGAGUCGGCGACGUCAAGAGGUUCACGAGUAAUGCGCUUGCUCUCGUUAACACCUACGCCAACGAUGGAGCCUAAGCUAAUUAUGCUUAGGUCUUAAAAUAUAGAAGUUAUAUAUAAAAAAAUACUUGUAUAUAUAAAUAUGGUGUGUUAAAGUGUGCUUAAUUAGUGUUUUUCUGUGUAUUCGAGGCUUUGGAAACCGAGUUGGAACUCCGAGUUUGUGUGUUCUCAUCAAAUUAUACAGUAAUCUAUGUUUGAUUUGUAUUAGUAUGUGUUGCUUGCUGUAGGAGUGAUGAUGGAUAUAAUGAUAGAUUGGUUAUAUAUGAUGAAUAUAACAUUGGUUACAUUAGAAGUAAA